CCGUUCUCAAAGAUUCAGACGAAAAGGUAAGUCCAUUGGCAAAUGGUGCAGAUCCUCUUAGAAUGGUCACUACCAUAACUAAAGGUGUACGGUGCGUGUGCAUGUCACCCGCCUUAUCUGCACCAUUAACGACUACGUAUAAGAGCAGGAAGUUGGCGAAAUAUUGGAAGAGCUUGAUUCAGGAACGGGGUAUUGAUGCACAAGAGAAUGCUACUUUUGACGACUACCGAAAUUCAAGUCUCGUGUUGCUGAGGACAGCAUGUGAGACGGAAACAACAACAAUAGCUAAACGACUAAGGAGAGGAGCUAGCGAUGAUAAUAACAACAACGCACCUUCAUCAAAAAAGCUCAAGAAAACGCAAGAUCAUGAUGACAAAGAUGCUGAAAACGACGAAGUUACUACCCGAAGAAUACCGUUGAGCGAUCGCACAAACGUGGGUAUUGUAGAUCCAAAGAGUGUGUUUGUAUCUCAUUCCAUUUCAAACACCAUUCAUCGAUCACCUUGUCUGGCUCUUUAUAGACAUCGGGAAGAAGCUCCGUCGUUGUCACACAACUGCCUUCCAUCACCGACAUCAGAGGGUGGAGCACGGAGCAGCACAUUCAGCACCUUCAGGCUAAGUUUCCCAAUCAACUGA